UUAUCUCCUUUGACAAACCACGCCCCUUCAUCUAAAACAUGCCUGAUAUCACGUAGGUGAAACUUCUGACACAGUUUUAAGUUGGUGGUGAGAACACAGUGACAGGCCGGACAGAGAAUCGUGUCUUGUCCACAGAUGGCCACCAUCGUUUUUUACUCGGUGAACAAAACGGCUCACAGCGCCGCGAGACGAUGUUUAACUUCUCCGUUAAAGGGGCUCGCUAGUGCCGGAGAGUCCGUUUCGCGGCUAGCCUCCACUCACAGUCGGUCAGUGCCUUUACUUCCGGGAACGAGAUGGUUUUCGAGGGGUACCGGCGUGAGGUUCAUGUCCCAUGGGACCGCAGGCAGGUCCGGGAAUACCAGGAGGGGAGCCCUGGCGCUCAGCGGAGCCGCAGCAGUUACAGCGGCGGCGGCCGUAGCGGGGUUUCUAGCUAACACUGACCACUUCCAGCGCGCAGAGAUGGCAACGAGAGUCCCCCGAGCCGCAAAGGAGACGGGGGAAGAAGCGGACAUUCUUCAGAGAUGCCGGGGCUUUAUGUCUCCGCCGGUGACUGACAUUAGUGUGCUGCAGGGGAACAAGGACGAGAUGCGUACGAAGAUGGAGAUGCUGAUCAUGGAGACUCAGGCCGACUUCUGCAAAGCCCUGGAGAAAGUGGACGGUGGGACGUUCAGGGUUGACCGGUGGAAGAGGAAGGAAGGUGGUGGAGGCAUCAGCUGUGUGAUGCAGGACGGAAAGGUGUUUGAGAAGGCGGGUGUUAAUGUGUCGGUGGUGUUUGGGAACCUGACAGAGGAGGCGGCGAAGCAGAUGAGGAGCAGAGGAAAGGUCCUCAAAGGGAAAGAUGGUAAACUGCCAUUUGUUGCCAUGGGAGUGAGCUCCGUUAUUCACCCCAAAAACCCCCAUAUUCCCACUGUGCACUUCAACUACAGAUACUUUGAGAUUGAGGAGGAAGAUGGCACUAAGCAGUGGUGGUUCGGUGGAGGCACAGACCUGACCCCGGUGUAUAUAGAUAAGGAAGAUGCCUUUCAUUUCCACAAAACCCUGAAGGAGGCCUGUGACAAGCACCACCCACAGUACUACCCGGACUUUAAGAAAUGGUGUGACAGGUACUUCUACGUUCGCCACAGAGGAGAGACCCGCGGUAUAGGAGGAAUCUUCUUUGACGACCUGGACUCCCCGAAUCAGGAGGAAGUGUUCAGCUUCGUCAAGAGCUGCGCCCGCACGGUGGUGCCCUGCUAUCUGCCCAUCGUGUACAAACAUCUCAAUGACUCUUUUUCUGAUGAGGAGAAGGACUGGCAGCAGGUUCGACGAGGCCGGUAUGUGGAGUUUAACCUGGUGUACGACAGGGGAGUGAAGUUUGGCCUGGCCACGCCCGGCUCAAGAAUCGAGAGCAUCCUCAUGUCCCUCCCACUCACCGCAAGGUGGGAGUACAUGCACGAGCCUGCCAAAGGCACCCGGGAGGCUGAGAUGCUGGAUGCGUUACGAAACCCCAAAGACUGGGUGUGACCGGAGCGCCCCCGGGUUUGGACGUCAGUAUGGACAAAAACAUCUAUUUUAUAAAGCUGGCUGAUCGACCAGCUGGGCAACAUUUAACCCUGCUUUUAUAAUAUGGAGCUGCGCUGUAGAUGUCUGAAGAGCUUUUUCAUUUGUCAAACGAGCCGUGGUAAAACGGGCCCUGAAUAAUGUCAAACUCAGUUCAUGAGCUUGGUGCCAUUGCUUGCUGCAAGACCAAAUAAUGUGACUUAAUGGGCGACCUCCUUUUCAGGUCAGCUGCACUUCUGUUGUGCUCCUUUAAACGUGUGUGUUUUGUUCUUUGACCAGCUAAAUGUGGCUCGCUCUGCUCAAAGCUGUUAAAGCCGUCCUCUGCUCGCUUUCAACAAACACCUGAAAAGGACAAACUGAGCCACUGUGUCAGCUCUGCCAUCUAAUGUUAAUAGAAGCUGGUUUCAAUGUCCACAAUGAUGACUGUGUCUGCCACAAAAUGAAUAAAUGGAUAUUCACCACUCUCUGCUGAGGCCCA